CCAGCUGAUGCUGGGGUUAUGAACACGGAUCUUCUGAAGAACUGUUGACGGUACACUGACCCCCCGCCCCCCGUCAUCGGCGUUAUGCCCGCGGAUUCAGGUCUCAUUUUCAUCAAAGACUGAGUGAGUAGCCUAUAUUUGACCGUGUCACGACGCAAAGGCCCGGGUUUUUGCCCCUGACGUUCCACAGGAUGUUUCUCCGUCUUCCCACAUCAUCGUUUUCACGGGAAUGAUGCAGUGUGUUCCACGGACUGAGCUUUCUCACCUCACAGGCGACACAUCACAGCUGCAGAUGUGCCCACUUGGAGCUUUGGAAAGAAGUACAAGAUCAACAUAAAGACAUGGAAUAAAGGAACCGCUAAAAGAUACUUCAGGCCGAUCUGUAUUAAAUAAAAAGAAACAACAACACAAAAAGACAAAUAUAUAUAGAAUCCAUUUCCAGGUGUGCUGGAGGAAUAGUGAGGUUAUAGUGAAAGAGGAGUGAAGAUGGCAUGUAGUCAGGAGCUUGCCAUGUUUUUUCUGGAGUCUUCAGUUCACUCCAUCAGCCGCUGGUCAAAGCAGGAGUCUCCUCGCUAAAACCCAAGCAGCUCAUUUCACCUGCUGGAGGAGUCCUCCUUCUCGGUGAUGUGAUGAAUAAGUUUGAAGUCCUUGGCAUUGUGGGAGAAGGAGCAUAUGGAGUGGUGCUUAAGUGCAGGCAUAAGGAAACCAAUGAGUUGGUGGCCAUUAAGAAGUUCAAAGACAGUGAAGAAAAUGAGGAGGUUAAGGAGACGACUCUUCGGGAGCUGAAGAUGCUUCGGACUCUGAAGCAGGACAACAUUGUUGAGCUGAAGGAGGCUUUCCGCAGGAGGGGGAAGCUCUACCUUGUCUUUGAAUAUGUUGAGAGGAACAUGCUCGAGCUGUUAGAGGAAUUUCCCAAUGGUGCACCACCUGAUAAAGUCCGCAGCUACAUCUUCCAGCUCAUUAAAGCCAUCCACUGGUGUCACAAGAAUGAGAUCGUGCACAGAGAUAUCAAGCCAGAAAACCUUCUCAUCAGUUCAGAGGAUGUUCUCAAACUCUGUGACUUUGGUUUUGCACGUAAUUUGUCUGAAGGAACAGAUGCCAACUACACAGAGUAUGUUGCCACAAGGUGGUACCGCUCGCCUGAGCUGCUGCUUGGGGCUCCGUAUGGGAAAGCUGUGGACAUGUGGUCAGUGGGUUGUAUCCUUGGAGAGCUGAGUGAUGGGCAGCCUUUGUUUCCAGGGGAAAGCGAGAUUGAUCAGCUCUUCACUAUUCAGAAAGUCUUAGGGCCACUUCCUGCAGAACAGAUGAAACUCUUCUACAACAACCCACGAUUUCACGGAAUCAGGUUUCCCUCAGUUACUCAUCCUCAGACUUUAGAGAGGAGAUACCAAGGUAUCCUGAAUGGUUUGAUAUUGGAUUUGAUGAAGAGCCUAUUGCUGCUGAACCCAACUGAGCGAUAUCUGACAGAGCAGAGUUUGAACCAUCCAGUCUUCCAGCCUCUGAGGCAGGCAGAGCGCGAGAGGCCAUCUCCUGCUUCUCCCAAUCCUCCACGUUCCUCCAAAAGAAAAACGCACCACCAUGGAGAAAACACAGUUCCUACAAGAAGUCACAGCAAGAGCACAAGUCGUCGCUCCAACAGUAAAGAAUGUUCCAGCCUCCCUCGCCAUGGGGACCUCCAUCACCUUAGCAAUGACAGUUUCCUGAAUGGCAACAAACCAGCUCCAUCUAGCUUGAGUCCAACACUCCAUCCCAAGGGCCAAUACCUGUCCCAGACCCUCAAUCGUUCUGCCUCAUCCAACAAAGACCUAGCUAACAAUAAUUUGCCACACCUCCUCAGUCCCAAAGAAGCUAAAAACAAGACAGAGUUUGAUUUCAGUUUGGGACCCUCUCCAAAAAUGCAAGACCCAGGACACGGAGGAAAGUACAGCCACAGCAAACCAAGUUCCUCUCGCUCUCAGCAGCAGCAGCAGCAGCAGCAACAGCAGCAGCAGCAGCAACCAAGCCGUCACACAUUCCUGGAAAAUAAAACCAACACACUGCAGUCUGGAGCAGAAAAACAACAUGGCCGGCAUGCCCACAGUAUGGCUGACUCAGCCCAUGGAUCCAUGUCCUCAUCUUCUAAAAGUUCAGCUUCUUAUCUCAGCCUGUCCAAGAGCCACAGCGCUUUAAGUGAUGCCAAAUCUGUGGGGAACCUCAGUGAUGGUCGGCUCCACCCAGACGACCCAAAUUCCAACGCAGCAGGUGGUGCGGGACCCAGUGCCCGCUUCUUCCCUGCUAGCUGUUUAGACCUCAACGCCCCAUCAGGUCCUCCAGGACCCCCUGGCAGCCCCUCUGCCCGACACAGUGAUCGAUCCGGCCACAGCCCUGCCUCUCGUAGCAGUGCAAAUGCCCGUAUGGAGAGCAGCACGCUUGACUCCUCAUCCAGACACAAAUCCAGACACAAAUCUUUAGCCCCAGAAGAUGUUGGUGCUCCAGAGCUCUUAGACCCCGGAGGGCCAGGGAUGCCUUCCACUCACACUCUGCCUUCCCCACAUGAGUCUUAUCAUUACGGCUUGGGAUAUACCUCCCCCUUCUCCUCUCAGCAACGGCCUCAACGCCACUCCAUGUAUGUGAGAAGGGAACGCCACCGACCACACGGGGUUGAAGGAGGUAUGACGGGCUUGCCUCCGCCUGGGCAGGCGAUACCGACGCGAGCCAGUAGCCUCCAGCUCCUCUCCCCCCAGCUGCAGCACCGGACCACCCUGACUGGACAUUCUGUGAGCUCAUCAAGAGAGGAUUGCACUGAUGACAUGACAAGGAGUGAGCAGUCCCCUAAAGACAUGAGCCACCCUUGUGCCCCCAUCAAAGACUCUACGAGGGACAACACUGCUGCUUUUCAUACACAGCGCUCUAAAAAUGAGGUUGGUAUGUAUCACGACCCCCACGUUGAGGAUGGAGGUUCCUCCAAAGAAAACCGGAUGAUCUUCACAGAGUCCAUGCCUCGCAGAGUUGGCAGCUUCUACCGAGUCCCCUCUCCCAGACCGGAUAACUCCUCUUCUUUCCAUGAAGGUGUCGGUCAAGGUCGCGGACCAGUUGUACCCAUUGUAGCAGGGGAUCCAGUUGCCAUGGCAAACCACUCCAAGCGUCAGACGGCUUUUGACUGGUCUGCAGCAGAGGCGAUGGUCAUGAAUCCUCCAGAGCCCACCAAAGAGAAGGAAAAACAAGGCUUCUUCAGAGCCAUUAAAAAGAAAAAGAAGAAGGCACAAAUAACCGAUAUGGAAGACGGGAGGAACCCCAGCAUCAAGAAAAGCCUUUUCCCCCUUUUUAGCUCUAAGAAUAGCUUAAAGCACAACUCAGCUGUCAAAGUUCUACCUGUAGUCGCCUCGCCUAUGGUACAACACCAGCCUACCGUGCCCUUCCCUGCCUCACCAGUCGCUGGAAAUGGACAAGAGCACCUGUCCCUUCAGAGGAGCUCCAAGUCGUCCUCUCACCACAGCAGCCGCCGGAAAAACCGUGAGCGAUCCCGAGACAGAGACCGAGACCGGGAACAGAGCCGAGACAGAGAACGAGACAGGGAGAGAGAGAGAGAGCGGGAGAGAGAAAGAGAGAGAGAGAGGGAAAGAGGAAGGGAGAGAGAGAGAGUAAGUGAGUGGCCACCAGACAAGCAAGUGGACUCUCACUCUCAGAGCCAACCUCUCAAGUCACUCCGUAGGCUCCUUCAUCUCUCCCCUUCUUCAAAUCAAGGACAGCCCCCUCCCCCUCCUCCAGACCUGCGCUUCCAAGGCCCCCUUCCCAACCCACCUCAGCCCUCCUCCAAACCAGGCUACCCUGAGGGUCGAGGGCAUACUGAGAGCAGGGGGCAUUCUGGAGUGAGCAGCUCCAGCCAGGCUAAAAACCGUAAGGCCAGCUACCCCCUCCCAGGACAGAUCGAGUCCAGCUGGCACGUUUCUGCUUUACAGCGAGCGGAGGGUGCUCAGUUCACCCCUGAACAACUGGGUAUCAAACCAGGCCAGAACGGACCCACCUUUACCCGAGCAUCUCGCACCAGGAUGCCAAACCUCAACGACCUGAAGGAGACAGCCUUGUAACUCCUGGGAACCGAACCACCUCCAAUAUGGCUCCGUCCUAGAAGCAUCUGCCGAACACAGACAUCGUCAUACUGUAGUGAAACUUCUCGGGAGAGCCCACUUCACUGGAUCAAAUCCUCAUCAGAAAUAUAGUUAUUGGUUGAUUCUCAUGUCUGAAAGUUACACAGACAAAACGAUGAUAGGCCAAACAUCAGUUACAGGUAAUAAAGACAGAGAAUGACUCGCACCUUCUCUGGUUACCAGUACUGCAUCAGCUGUGCUUUAUCAUCUCUCUACUUACAUCAGAAUAAGCUGAUCUUUAUAGUCAGAAAGACACUGCCUAUGUGGCCUGUUUGCUGCCAUCUUCUGCUCACAGGACACUACUGCAACACUUCAGAUGCCGCUGUCACACCAACGGCCAAUAAACUCACAUUUUUCAAGCUCUGAUAUUUGAUAACAACAAAAAAAGAGAAAGAUUUAUAUAAACAUUAUUUAUUAAAUAUUUAUUUGUUUUAACUUAAAGGAUAUAAGCUAUAAAUGACACAGUAUGUAGGCUAUAUGGGAAUAUUAUAAAGGUAAUUUAGGAUUAAAUGUGUAAUUGCAAGAGCUUUAGUUUCGACACAGAGAAAUGCAUAGAUAUUUAUGUGUUGAUAAUACAAUAUGUCACAAGGAAUAUGUAAUAAUGGUGAAUGUCUUUUUUGUUCAAGUUGAUGUUAUUAACAAUUUUGUUAAAUGAUUUUUUUAACCCUUUUUUCUGUUUGUUUCAUCAAACUAUAAUAAGAAACACAGAUGAAGACGUAAACUUUCUGAUAUUACAUCUAGUACAAAUCUGCCCAUCACCUUCAUGACAUCAGUUUUGAAGUUUUGUGACAAGUUGGGCUAUUUUUGUGACAACAGGGCUCGGUAGCAGAUCAGCCAGAGUGAGACUGUUAGGCUCUGUGCUUUUACAUACAGUAACUGUUAGCACACCUUGUGUCCCAUUUCCAGUGUCACCAUUUUGGAACAAGCCCCGUUAUCAGUUGCUCAGUUCUUUUAUCAGUGACAGCAGCUUCCCAGCUCCAUGCUGCCGUGUUGGGUUUGUCUACAGCCUUAACUGCAAGGAACGGGCAUCUCUGCCCAUGUGAGAGAUUAGCCUCCAAAAGUGAGUUUUAACAAACAUGUAAUAGAACUUUUAGAGUGUUUUGAGAUUUAAAAAAUAAAGGCAUACCUCACCUACAACCUUUAAGAGCUUAAAGGAUAAGUCUGGUUUUAUUUUGCAUUUCAAGAAAAUUUCUGAUUUUAUUCUUUUUCUAAAAUAAGCGUGAGUGAGUGUUUAUUUAUCUUUUUUUAUGUAUAUUGUAAUCAUUUAAAUCUUCAUCUUUGAAGGCUGAAUUGUUUACGUAAAAAUACAUCAGAUCUUUAAAUUAAAGUGCAAGUAUGUCAAAUUAAGGUAGAUGUUUUGGCAAAAUUGCAACAUAAUGUCAAUAACUGUAUUUCCCUAAGUGUAAAAUCACAGGAAAUGUUGUGACCCAAGCCUGAAACAUUACUGAUACUGUAGACAUCUAAAACCAGGUGCCUAUAUCACUCACUGCUUCUUUGUGUUUUUUAGUUUAAUUAAUUUAGUUUUACAAAUGAGCUGCAAUAAUCCCAGACUUGUCCUUUAAUGUGUGUUUACAUCUUUCUGUGUGCAUUUUUAAAGCUCUGGUCAUUCGGUUUUUUGUAAAACUCCUUUUGUAAAUCAGAAUUAUUCUUUUCCUGUGCGUUAUUUUCAACAUCAGCAGUCAUAUCAGGGAUGAUUUUUAUUCAGCUUAAGUGUUUACGAAGUCAUAAUUUCUUGUCCUAUGACAUAUGGAUGAUUAAAAAAAAAUAACUUGUGUGGGACAAAACACUGUCUGUGGCCUAAGCAAAGAAGAUGCAAGUGCUUGUUUUUCCAACCUCAACUUAAUCCUUCAUUCCUUUCUCCUGAAAAGCAUAAAACAUUUUUCUAUCACUGAGAAUAAGAACGAAGAAAGGAAUAAUUGCAAACAUUUGUGGACUAGAUGUAGAAAUUGGCUUAGUUUUGAGGCAGAUCCAACUGACUUCAUGGUUGACUGAAAGCAAUAACUGAGAAAGAGAGAGAGAUGUCACCUUAUUAAAACCUGAAGGUAACAGAGUCAAAAAUACAGUAGCAGGGAAGGAUUUUCUACAGAGUAUUGUGAUUAAACCAAGUGUCCACAUAAUAUCAAGGCAUCUUGCAUUAUAUUUCUCUUCAGCAGUUCCCUGAACACGUGAAAACUGUCCCAUGUUGUGCAUUAUAGACAAGCCUGAUUGCUAAUGAUUGUACAAUGACUGCUGAUGUGGGUUUCUUUAUAUCAUCAGUGAACAGAGUGAUGACAAAGCUUGCCUUGCCAGUGACCUGAAGCCUUACAUUAGCUCAUUGACUCAACACAGAUAGAAAUGGAGGCUUCAACCACCCAGCAAGUCACAUACUAAGAGACGAGAAAAUGAAGAUUUUUGUCCACAAAUACGAAUGUGUUUCCUGAAACAUCCGUUGUUUUUUCAUUGAGCUGUUCCCAACUUCUGACAGGGUGUAAAUACAAAUAAGAGUGUAUCUAUACUGACCAUUCUACUUUACAUAUGAUAGGGUCUCAUAAUAAAUGCCAACUGUACAUUUUUGAACGGCUCAGAUGUUUGUUUUGUCGCACAAACUGAUGCAAUAACAACAACAAAGACCCAUACAUUUAGCAUGAUUUUAAUCAGGGAACUUGUUCAAAGAUACAGUAAAGAACACAGCUUUUAAAGUAUAUAAAACUUUGCAAUGGAUUCCCAAAGUGUCAUGAAUUUGAACUGUAUGUUACAGACAAAAGGAUCUGGAGAUUACCACAACAACAAACCACAACACAGAAUAUCCCUUUUCUCAAACUUCAUUCGUCACUGAAGCUUGAUACAUUUCAAAAAGUACCUCCGGUAAAAAAAGAAAAACAA